AUGUAAAUCCUGGCCUGUUCGUUUACAUCAUUUGCUCUUCGUGGCUAUCUCUACACACUACCAAAAAAUAAAUAGGUAUUAGUGUAUUACUGCGUAUGUAGUUAGUUAGCGCGUAUGCACCAUGAUAUAUCGAUCUUUCAAUUCUCCUCCAACCAUCCCACCUUUUGCAUCCAUAUAAAUAUAUAGGCCUUAGCUUAUUCAGAAACUCACUCUAUCACCAAAAUCAAAUACACUUCAUUAAAUCAAGCAUCAUUUUACAUAAUUUAGUUACAAAUUAAUUUCAUCCACAAUAUGGCCACGAUCAAAACUAGUCUAGCUCUUUUAUUAUCAUCCUUGUUAUUGUUAUCAACAUUAGCAAACAUGUCCGAGGGUCGUGUCGAAAGAAAGGAUCUAGGGUUGGACCUAGGUGGUGGCAUAGGUGUUGGUGUAGGAAUAGGUGUUGGGCUAGGUGGAAGUGGCUCAGGCGCCGGUGCUGGCUCAGGUUCGGGUUCAGGUAGCUCAAGCUCGAGCUCGAGUUCAUCAUCCUCCUCUAGCAGUUCUGGUUCCCGUGGUGGGUCGGGAGCUGGCUCUGAGGCUGGAUCGUAUGCUGGUUCUCAUGCUGGUUCAGGAGCAGGUGGAGGUGAUGAUGAUGAUGGUAACUAUUAACUAAAAUAUUUUACAAGCUUGUAAGAAAAUAUGUUUUAUAAUUAUUUGUUGAUUUUUAAAUUUGUGAUUAUUGUUCAUGAUUUGUACGUUUGUAUUUGUUGUACUAUAAUUAUUAAGUGUUGUUUUUAUUUUUCGACUUAUGUAAGUGUGAUUUACUACUUGUAUAUGUAUUCUAAUGUUACUAGUCUUUGUCUGGUGCACAAGUUAACAAUGAAAUUAUAUAUGAAUAUAUUGUUUCUA